AAGCAACUUGCGCCUUUUUCAGCUUCUAGGUCACUUGCCACGCAUUGGCUUUUUUUACCUAGCCUAAGCAUGACGUACAAAGUUUCGUUACCUAAAGGUGCUUAGUAUGCAUCAUCUGCGUCAUAAGAGAUUCACGAAAACAAGAAUAUGGACUACUUAAAUUGUCUGAACUUUCUGCCGACGUAUAAUGUAUUCAAAUGGAUCAAUGAACCCAGUUGCGUUUGGAGAAUAGUUUUUUUGUGCUGUUUAGCAAACUUCAUUAACUCUGCUGACCGGGUUAUCAUACCAAUCGUUAUAAUACCCAUGGCAAAUCGCUUCGGUUGGAAUCUACAUCAAUAUGGAUGGAUUUUGAGUUCGUUCUCUGUAGGAUACCUUGUUAGCAUGGUUAUUGGUGGAAGUGCAGCAAAACGUUAUGGUGGGAGUUUAAUACUUAGCUUUGCGGUCUUAUUUUGGUCUUUAUCAUCCAUUGCCACUCCGUUCUUCGCCCAUUCAAUCUACUCAUUGGUAGUUUUUCGGAUUCUUCUUGGUUUGAGGGAAGGUAUUGGCCUGCCCACGAUAUUCCAUAUAUUUUCUUAUGUUGUGCCAAUUGAAGAACGCAGCUGGGCUCUUGGAUAUCUAGUGGCAUUUGGUGCUUUUGGCCAAACAGUGGCCACCUUGGUUUGUCCACACUUAGUUUGGUCUAAUUCAUUUUAUAUAUUUGGAUUUAUUGGCCUUGUGUGGAUUUGCUUAUGGAUACCUGUUUUUAACGUUAUUAAAAAGGCUGAGUUAAGAGAUGAGUUCCCUACUCAACAAUCUCAGCCUUUCAAGACAACUACUCACUGGACUGAGUUUGUUUCACAUUGGCCGUUGUGGGCAAUCUACAUCGCUCAUUUCAGCAUGAAUUGGUCAAAUUAUAUUGUGAUGCUGUGGUUACCUACCUAUUUGGUGCGUUAUCUGGGAGCAGACGAAUACUCAGUAAUGCUUACAGCCAUACCUUACGUUUGCAACUGCCUUGGGAGUGUCAUUGCCGGCCGAGUGGCAAAUAUCCUUAUCAAACGACAGUUCAGUGUUCUGAGUGUUCGACGACUAAUGUCAUGCAUUGGUCUCUUAGGCCCUGGUGUGGUGCUUUUCUUGUUCUCUCUGACAAGCAGCAUAACAACGGCUGUUAUCCUAAUUUCACUUUCAAUGACCUUUUCGGCAUUUAAUUCGGCUGGACAUUUGAGUAACCAUGUAGAAGUUGCCCCUAAUCAUGCCGGGAGGACAUUUACCAUAAGCAAUUUCCUGGCUACCAUACCUGGUAUAUUAUGUGGUCCGUUAACUGCUGAAUUAGUCAUCACAUCUGGUGGACGAUGGUUUCCAGUGUUCAUACUAGCAGGCUUCAUAAAUGUCGUUGGUGGUGUUGUGUACAUUAGUCAGAGUUCUACCAUACAAGUUUUGUAGUCAUACGUACAAUCUUUGUACAGUUGUGCAUGUUCAAUGAUUUAUUUUAUAUUUCCUUCAUCUUGUUCAAUUCCCCUUUAAUGAUUUCUUAUUUGCAUAUCGUUUUCUACUUAUUUCUUUCAGCCCAAUCUUCUGUGAAAGAAUUUCUUAUGUUUGUUUUUAUCUAGAACCAUAUUGCAAUUAAUUUCAUGUUAUUAUUCUAAGAGAAUUGGUUAUAAAGCAAAAAAGAGUAUCUAGUUUUGGCUGUUGGUAUUUUUAGUAUACAUUUCUGGCUAGCACUAGUGAACUGUUCUUUAUUGGUUACUCAAUCUAAUUGGUGUUAAAAUAAAGAUAUAGCACACAAUUUCCAUAAGUGAUAAGCAUGUUAUGGCUCAGUCAUUUCGUUGAAACCAACUGUUAAUAAUGUUUUUACCCCGAUACAUUCGUGAAAUAAUACAUUUUAAAAGCACUUGUACAGUGUAGUUUUUAGAGAUAUACAUUUUUAUAUAUAAGGAAGAAAGUAGAUCGUCUUAAGUCAGUUAUGCUGUACAGUCAGGCAUACAUAAACUUAUUGCAGUUUUCAUCUUUUAUCUGCGUAUCGUUGGUGUGAAGAUAGCAGUCUAUGAGAUUUUGGAAAAAAGCGGCUUUACGAAAUAUUUUUUCUGCGAAGCAAUCAGAAAAGGUUGUAUUAAACCAACAGGAGUGAUAUUCAAACAACUUUUGGUCUCAGUUGAUAGCAUGUGAUUCACACAUAAAGGCAGUGAUAAGAUGGGCUUUGAUACUAUUUAUUUAGUAUUUCAUCGACUUUGAAAAGGCCUUCUACAGCGUCGAUCGAGAGGUCACUUGGAAACUGCUUCGCUACUACGGGGUGCCAUCGACAAUUAUACAUCUCAUC